AUGGAAACACAAAGAGGGUUAUUUACCAAGUUGGGAAUAUUCGGCGUUAUUGCCAUCGCCCUUGCCGUAGGUGGAAAGAGGCAUAUCUCAAUGAGGAAGGAUCUCAGACAUAAAGGUGAUUCCGAUGCACUUGUAGAUUCGAAGCAAAGAGAGUUUGAAGACAGCACGUUGAGACCAGGGGUUCCAUUGAAUGAUGGUGAUACUAAAUACGUAAGAGAAUCGAAGUAUGUGGGAGCAGGGUCUUCGUACUCGAGCAGAAAACCUGGAGACAGGCUCUCGAUCAUGGCAUAUUUCGGAAAGGACUAG